ACAUUUAAACUCAGUAUUUAAACCUGAGUCCUAUAUCUUCAUAUUCUUCCAUGAACUGAAAAUAAAAAUGUGAGCAUGGGACUACACUGCUCAACCAAUGUGCAUGAGAAAACUCUUUCUCUACAUUCAGCACCAUUAAAGGUGUAUUAGUUAAAGGACUGAAAUAUUUGGCUGAAUAGAGUCCUUUGCCAGGACUGUAUUCAGGUUUAAAUACUGAGUUUAGGUGUGUGUGUGUGUGUGUGUGUAGUAAAGUCCUGACUGACACUCUGGCCAGAGUAUGAAGAGCAUCAUGCCCAGAGCCUCACACACAGUGUUUGCUGUGGGCUUCCCUUGCUCCCCACUGGGCUGUUUUUGUGUCUUUCUUUGUGUGUUUAGUUUGUGUGUGAGUGCGUGACUGCGCAGCUUAAACAGCCACUCCAGUUUCCAAGAUGUAGAUCUCAGUAGCUGCAGUGACAUUUUUCUGUAACAUAUUCUUCAGCAAAUACAGAAAUUGCAGCACAUGGCAGCUUUACUUGUUCAAAGGAGUGGGCGCUGCUGAUUGAAGCUACUGGGUUUUCAAGUUGGUGUCCAGUCAGCCAGGUUGUCGCCACUCGAAGAUUUCGAUUUUGUCACUGCAUAGAACAGGAUCAGGUCAACAGUCAGAGAAGAAAGGAUGGUGAAGAGAGCCAAGAGGAGUGCUUCUCAAUGGGACAGUGGCAUGCAGAUGGUCCAGCUUAAACCAUAUGAAAUCAUGCAGCUGGACAGCAGUCCCCUCCGCGCUGCUGACAUCACCCCUGACCUCAAGAAGCAGUUUGCCUUCCUUUCAGGGGGGAGGGGAGAUAAUGGCAGCCCCAUCAUUGUGUUCCCAGAAUUCCCUGCAUUUGGAGAGAUAACAGACAGAGAGUUUCACAAUGUGCUAACCUACCUGACUAGUGUUCCCAGUUUGUCGUCCACAGAGGUAGGUUUCAUUCUGGUCAUUGAUCGCCGGCAAGACCGAUGGGCAGCCGUUAAGGGGACACUGCUUCGUAUUGCAGGCUCCUUCCCUGGGAACCUCCAGCUGGUUCUGGUUCUGAGGCCCACCACCCUCCUGCAGCGCACGCUCUCCGACAUCCUCUUCAAGUUCAACAGGGAUGAUUUCAAGAUGAAGGUGCCGGUGAUCAUGCUGAGCUCUAUAGCAGAGCUGCACUCCUACAUCGAUCGCACCCAGCUGACCCAGGAACUCGGGGGAAUGCAGGAGUACUGCCAUGAAAAGUGGAUCUCUCAUCGCACUGCUAUUGAAGGCUUUGCACUGAUGGUAAAGAAAAUGGCACAGACUCUGCAGUCAUUCGGAACUGAGUUGGCUGAAACUGAACUGCCCUGUGAAAUCCAGGCCACGACCAUCCUGCUCAGCACACACACCAACAAGAAAGCCAAAAUGAAGGAGGAUCUGCUGGUGGCUCUGGGUCAGGGCAGCAGGCUGUUGGAGAGCAUCAAUGAGCCUGUGGUGCGAGAUCCCGACCACAACAUGAACCAGGAUGAACUGGAGAACCUGGCUACAGUGCAAAGACUGCUGUCUCAGCUGGAUGAAACCGAAAGGGCUUUUGAUGAGUUCUGGGUGAGACAUCAGACCAAACUGGAGCAGUGCCUUCAACUGUGCCACUUUGAGCACAACUACAGAGAGGUGAGGGCUCUGCUGGAACAGGUUUCUGAGAAACUUGCAGCUUUCUCUGACGUUGGGAUCAGCCCAGCCCAUGCUGAUCAUAUCUUCUGCGAACUCACCACCUAUGAGGAGAGAGUUUGUGAGGUGCUAGACAGAGCCUCAGCCUUGUCUCGUGAGGGUGAUGGACUUAUACAGAACUCCCACUACGCUGAAGACUCCAUUCAGCCCAAAUGCGCGGAGCUUCGAGCACUCAGCGAGAAUGUGAGCAGCAAGCUGAGGGCCAAGAAGAACCACCUCCUCAAGGCCAUGGAGCUGCAUCACUGCUUGGAGAAGGCUUCUAAAUGGGUUGAUGAUGGUAUAUACCUGCUGGCGUCUCAGCCAGUGGACAAGUGUCAGUCACAUGAGGGUGCAGAGUUAGCCCUGCAGGAGCUGGAGCGUUAUCUGGAUAACACAGGCCAGAACCAGCUGACAGACCUCAGUGACAUCUGGAAAAAAUAUGAGGCGGUGCUUAACCAGCAGUUCAGAGACCAAGUGGAGAAGGUUUUCCAGAAGCAGGCAUCCAUGCAAGAGAUGUUUGACAAGAGGAGGGUCAGUCUGAAGAAGCUAGCAGCCAAACAGACCAGGCCGGUGCAGCCGGUUGCCCCCAGACCCGAGGCCUUUAUCAAAUCCCCUCUCAGUUCACCUGCACACAGAGCACUGCAGGAGAAAAACUGCUCAGAGACAGACCCUGGGAACAACUGUGAGAAAGGAAACGUUCAGCUGCAGAACGAAGACAGUAACAGCAGACAUGCCUCUCUUUCAGGGGAGGAGGAGAACCUGGCAGUGCUCAGGAGACACGUUAUGAACGAGCUGCUGGAAACUGAGAGAGCGUACGUAGAGGAGCUGCUCUGUGUGCUGCAGGGAUAUGCCUCUGAGAUGGAUAAUCCGGCCAUGUCUCACCUCAUCCCUGCUCCACUGCAGAACAAAAAGGAGAUUCUGUUUGGCAACAUGCCAGAAAUUUACCACUUCCACAAGAGGACUUUUCUGAGGGAGUUGGAGCAGUACACUGACUGCCCAGAGUUAGUUGGAAGGUGUUUUUUAGAGAGGAUGACAGACCUGCAGAUCUAUGAGAAGUACUGCCACAACAAGCCUCGCUCUGAGAGCCUCUGGAGGCAGUGCUCUGACUGUGCCUUCUUCCAGGAGUGUCAGAAGAAGCUGGAGCAUAAACUUGGUUUAGAUUCCUAUCUGCUGAAGCCUGUUCAGAGAAUUACCAAAUAUCAGCUGCUACUGAAGGAAAUGCUGAAGUACAGUAAGGGCUGCGAAGGGGCCGACGACCUGCAGGAGGCGCUGACCUCCAUUGUAGGCAUCCUCAAGGCUGUCAAUGACUCCAUGCACCUCAUUGCCAUUACAGGGUAUGAGGGUAACCUCAGUGAGUUGGGUAAGCUGUUGAUGCAAGGCUCAUUCAGCGUGUGGACAGAGCACAAGAAAGGUCAUGCCAAGGUUAAGGAUCUGGCUCGUUUCAAGCCCAUGCAGAGACACCUCUUCCUCCACGAGAAAGCCCUGCUCUUCUGCAAAAGGAGGGAGGAGAAUGGCGAGGGCUAUGAGAAAGCUCCCUCUUACAGCUUCAAACAGUCUCUGAGUAUGAGUGCUGUGGGUAUUACUGAGAAUGCAAAAGGAGACAACAAGAAGUUUGAAAUCUGGAGCAACUCCAGAGAAGAGGUUUAUAUUGUUCAGGCACCGUCAACAGAAGUAAAAACCACCUGGGUCAAUGAGAUCAGGAAGGUUCUGACAACCCAGCUGGAGGCAUGCAGAGCCAGCCAGCAGAGGGCACCAGACCAGGUCUUUCAGUUUCCGCCUGCACCCAGUGGAACAGCAAGUCUGAGUCCAUUCAAGUCUAGUCAGAAGAGCUUUAAAAAGGGAGAUGAGACAAAAGUUGAGCCCUGCAGCAUUGAUGCCCACUCCUCUUUUUCACCUAAGCCCACAGGAAAAGAUGAGGCUGUGACAAGCCCGACCUCAGACAGAGCUGCUGUGAAAAAGCGUUUUACUUUACAGGGCUUCAGUAACCUCAAAGCUCAGAAAGGAUCUCCCACCAGUCCCGACCAUAAGACAAAACGCCAGAGCGACCCUACACCAUUCGGCUUCAAAGGCUGGAACAAGGACUUUGUGUCCAUGGAUGCCUCAGAGGAGCAUGAUGGCUAUUCCAGUGCUGAAGAUCCUCUUAACUCAGACCCAGAAGAGGACAACAGCAAGAAGCUGUGUGCUGGAAAAUAUACAGUGAUGGCAGACUAUGAGAAAGGUGACGCUCAAGAGCUUACAGUAAAGAGUGGAGACGUGGUGCAGCUGGUCAGAGAGGGGGACGAUGGACAGUGGUUUGUACGUAACCUGAGCACCGCCAAGGAGGCCUGGGUCACUGCUGCUAAUCUUAUCACAUUCAUUGGAAAGUCAAUAUCUUGUCAGUCUCUCACCAGCUCAGAAGGCAGCGGCUCUGGACACCUCAGCACAUCGUCCAGCUGCAGUGAGACUGACACCAACCUCUGUGAAAUCAAACCCUGAACUCCUCAGCACUUCUUCCAUCACCAGACUGCCCUCCUGAAUGCUAGCAUCACGUGGCUAUCCGUGCUGUAUUGCCAACAUCAGUACUCAUAAGAAUUUUGUAGGGUUUCCACAGAGAGUAUUUUUUCAUUAUUUUAUCAUGCACAUACACCAUGUUAUAAAUUCACCGUGGUGCCAUUGUACAGUGACGAUAUUUCACAGUAGAGUAGACUGAUCUUCCUCUAGUGGCACACUUUGAUUAUUUUUAUGCAGCAUCCAUGUGAUUAUACUGCAAGCGAUGCAUGAAUGGGCCAGCAAGACUGAUCUCAGUUAAUGCAUCUGUUUGUUCUUCAGUUUACAAAUGGGGAUCAUAUAAUGGAUGAAAGUUGUUUAUCUUCAUCUGUGUUCACCCAGAACUUUUUAUUUUCACUGUUACUGUAAAUAAAGAAAGUGGGAGAGACAAGUACAUACAGCUUGUUUCGCUUGAAUUAGUUUUUUCUGAGAGCGAUCACCUCUGUGACUUGUUUCUUUCCUUUUGUGUUUAUUUAUUUGUAAGAGCAAAACAUCCACAUAUUUAGUUACCUUUUUAAUUUGCUUCUGACCUUUCCUUUUCUUAAUGUCUGGUUAAACUUUUCUUGUUUGCCAUUUGUCUCAGUUAAAAAACUUGCUCUGCUGCCAGCUGUCCGGAAUCUGUGUAUGAGCUUUUGUCUUUUCUGGUCUCUGUCGACCAAAUGAUCGAACUCGUUACGAGUUUUCAUGUACGCUGCAGUUUAAAAAUGUUUCUCAAUGUGAAUAAUCAGAUCACUGUAUAGUGCUAACUUAUUCCCUGGAGGGAUCGUGUUCUGAAUGUAGAUAUUGUUCAUUAAUAUCUGUUGGUCAUGAGAUGUUUAUUAUUGGAGAUGCUAUAUUGUACAUUAUGUAUGGUGAUGUCACUAUAUAGUGACUUGAAUUUCUUUUUUUUUACAUAAACGUGAUAAUUCAAAAACGGUGUUUUGUGUGU